GCCACUCGUCCGCUCGUUCUCAUAUGGAAGUCAACAACUCGGCUCUUCAGAGCCACGAAACAACGAUUCACAUCCGUUUUAGUUAAGCGUCUUUCCGCUAAUGAUUACAUGUAUACAAGGGUGUCAGAUGUUUGUUUACUUCGCUUCCUGCGACGUAGGGCUGCUCAUAGCCAAUGAUAGUUAACGCUAGCUUGUUAGCCUAGCUUAGCCUAGUCAGCCUGCCAGCCUGUCUGCCGAACCUCAGCGAGACCAACCAGCGCCGAGAGGAGUGACUAACUAUGACACAGAAAGCCGAACUGUGCUCGGUGUCCCUGGGAGUGGAAGGCAUGACCUGUGGUUCAUGUGUUCAGUCUAUAGAGCAACGUAUUGGAGGUCUGCCUGGAGUUAUACAUGUAAAGGUGUCUUUAGAACUGAAGACUGCCACUGUCAUCUUUGACCAAAGCCUUCAAAGUUCAGAGUCUCUGUCAGAGGCCGUUGAGGACAUGGGGUUUGAAUCCAGUCUAUCAGAGUCCACAGCAACCACCCCUGUCCCAACUGAUACCCAGCUGGUCCCAACCUCAGAACUAACUCCUGACUUCCAACAUGAGGCCUUACUUCGGCUAUCCCAGGUUCAGGGAGUUCUGGAUGUAAGGGAAAGUCAAGACCAAAGCGGUCUCUCUGUCACCUUUGUCCCCUCCCUGACCACUGCGCUCCAGCUUAGAGAGGUGGUUGCUAGUGUGUCACCUCUGGAGUUCCACACACCCAGCAGCCCCGCACAGAAAACUCCAAACUCAGUUUCGACUCAAAGUACCGGUGGAGGGGUGGCUCUAUUGAAGUUACGCAUUGAGGGAAUGACCUGUCACUCCUGCACCACCACCAUUGAAGGGAAGAUUGGCAAACUUAAAGGGAUCGAAAAAGUCAAAGUUGUUUUAGAAUCUCAGGAAGCUACGGUAGUCUAUUUACCAAACCUCAUCACUAUCCAAACAAUCAUCGAUCAGAUUGCUGUGGCUGGCUACAAGGCUUUUGUCAAGUCCAAACCCCACCCCCUGCAGCUAUGCCCCAGUGAACUGGAGCGGUUUGUUAGCGUUCAUCAGUCCAGUGUUUCUUCCCCAUCUGAGACAUCUGAAGAAAAAGAGAUCUUCAUAGACUCAGUCCUUGCCACUCUCAGGGUGACAGGCAUGCACUGCCGCUCUUGUGUGGUUAAUAUCCAGGACAACAUCUCCAUGUUGCCUGGAGUGUCUUCUGUGGAGGUCUCCCUGGAGAAGGAGAAAGCAUCCAUCUGUUACGAUCCCUUGAAGAUCACAGUGCCUCAGCUGCAGCAGGCUAUUGAGGCACUGCCACCAGGGAACUUCAAGACUCAACCCUGCGACUCUUCUGGCAUUCUCAGUCUUGGAUCCACAUCACCCCCCCCUGCUUUACUACCAACCCCACCGCCAGUAGCUGUAGCAGUCCCUACUCUGCUCACCACCCCACAGCCUUGUUUCAGCCAGCCCCUUGCAGCUGUAGUUCAUAUCCAUAUUGAGGGGAUGACAUGUGGCUCUUGUGUGCAAUCUAUCGAGGGCAUGAUCUCCCAUAGGAAGGGGGUGAAGUCAGCACAGGUCUCUCUGGCUAAUCACAGGGGGACGUUUGAGUUCGAUCCCCUCCUGACCACCCCAGAAGAGCUGAGAGAGGCCAUAGAGGACAUGGGUUUCGAUGCCUUUUUACCAGAGACCAACUCCCUUGUGUCUGACUUGGGUAACAAUCACUCCUUGUCCCUGAGCCCAGCCCAUGUGAAAGAAAAGGAGGUAGACAGUGACCCAGAGAGGGAGACUCUGCAGCAAAGUGAAGGGAGCAUGCACUCAAAAUGCUUCAUCCAGAUAGGAGGAAUGACCUGUGCUUCCUGUGUGGCCAACAUUGAGCGAAACCUCAAGAAUGAAUCUGGUAUCUACUCAGUUCUAGUGGCGUUAAUGGCCAGUAAGGCUGAGGUGCGCUACAAUCCUGAAGUCAUCGAUCCCCAGAAGGUUGCCGAGUGUGUGAGGGAGUUGGGCUUCACCGCAUCAGUGAUGGAGAACUAUGAAGGUUCAGAUGGCAGUCUAGAACUAGUGGUCAGGGGAAUGACAUGUGCCUCUUGUGUACACAAAAUCGAAUCAAGCCUUAUGAAAGACAAGGGGAUUAUUUAUGUCUCUGUUGCCCUGGCAACAAACAAAGCGCACAUUAAGUAUGACCCAGAGGUAACUGGACCACGAGAUGUCAUCAAGCUAAUAGAGAAUCUGGGAUUUGAAGCAUCUCUUGUAAAGAGGGAUCGGACCGGCAGUCACCUUGACCACAGCGUGGAGAUAAAACAGUGGAAGAAGUCCUUUCUGGUGAGUUUGAUUUUCUGCGUCCCUGUGAUGGGCAUGAUGAUCUACAUGAUCAUUGUGGACCACCAGAUCAGCAUGUCCCACCACCAUAAUGCCACAGCCGAAGACCGGGAACGCUACCACUCCACCAUGUUUUUGGAGAGACAACUGCUCCCAGGCCUCUCCAUCAUGAAUCUGCUCUCCUUUCUCUUCUGUGUGCCUGUGCAGUUUAUUGGAGGACGCUACUUCUACAUUCAAGCCUACAAAGCAGUCAAGCACCGGUCAGCCAACAUGGAUGUGCUGAUCGUGCUGGCCACUUCCAUAGCUUUUACCUACUCGUUGAUUAUUCUAGUGGUGGCCAUGGUGGAGAGGGCCAAAGUCAACCCCAUCACCUUCUUCGACACCCCCCCAAUGCUCUUUGUCUUCAUCUCCCUGGGACGGUGGCUGGAACAGAUAGCAAAAAGCAAGACAUCCGAGGCUUUGUCCAAGCUGAUGUCCUUACAAGCUACUGAGGCCACAGUGGUCACCCUUAACAGCAAUAUGUCUGUGCUCAGUGAGGAACAGGUGGAUGUUGAACUAGUGCAGAGGGGUGAUGUGGUGAAGGUGGUGCCUGGAGGAAAGUUCCCUGUGGAUGGAAGGGUCAUCGAGGGACACUCCAUGGCUGAUGAGUCACUCAUCACAGGUGAGGCUAUGCCAGUGACUAAAAAGCCUGGCAGCACAGUGAUUGCUGGGUCCAUCAACCAGAACGGCUCGCUGCUGAUCAGUGCUACACAUGUUGGUAUGGACACCACCCUGUCUCAGAUUGUCAAACUGGUUGAGGAGGCUCAGACUUCAAAGGCUCCCAUCCAGCAGUAUGCUGAUAAGAUCAGCGGCUACUUUGUGCCAUUUAUUGUUGGCAUUUCUCUCCUCACCUUGUUCGCCUGGAUCCUUAUUGGCUUUUUGGAUUUUUCUCUAGUUGAAAAGUACUUCCCUGGUUAUGAUAAAAGCAUUUCCAAGGCAGAGGCAGUGAUUCGCUUUGCCUUUCAGGCCUCCAUAACAGUGUUAUGUAUUGCCUGCCCCUGCUCCCUUGGCUUGGCAACCCCAACAGCUGUCAUGGUGGGCACGGGGGUGGGUGCACAGAACGGCAUCCUCAUCAAGGGAGGGGAGCCACUUGAGAUGGCCCAUAAGGUCCAGUCUGUAGUGUUUGAUAAGACUGGGACUAUUACAUACGGUGCACCCAAAGUUGUACAAGUCAAGAUUGUAGUGGAAGGGAACAAGAUGCCCCGUUCUCGACUGCUGGCCAUAGUAGGGACAGCUGAAAAUAACAGUGAACACCCACUGGGGGCGGCUAUCACCAAGUACUGCAAACAGGAGUUGGGCACAGAGUCUCUUGGUACAUGUACAGACUUCCAGGCGGUUCCAGGCUGUGGCAUCAAAUGCCAGGUUAGCAACACAGAGACCCUUUUGAGGCAGGAGGACAGUGACAGCGAGGACAACAACCAACGCAACAGCAUCCUGGUCCAAAUUAGUGAUUCCAGGACCUCAACUGGCUCCCAUCCACUCAUCAUGGACCCGCAGCCACUCACCCUGGUCCAGACGUCAUCCUACGUCGUUCUGAUUGGGAACAGGGAGUGGAUGAGUAGGAAUUGCCUCCAGAUCAAACCCGAUAUAGAUGAAGCCAUGACUGAGCAUGAGCGCAGGGGACGCACUGCCGUUCUGGUUGCUGUAGAUGGUCUUCUGUGUGCAAUGAUAGCUAUAGCAGACACGGUGAAGCCGGAGGCUGAGCUGGCAGUCCAUACUUUGACCAACAUGGGUCUAGAGGUGGUGCUGAUGACCGGAGACAAUAGCAAGACUGCAAGGGCCAUUGCUGCUCAGGUGGGGAUCAGGAAGGUGUUUGCAGAAGUGCUGCCCUCCCACAAGGUGGCAAAGGUGGAACAACUGCAGCUGGCAGGAAAGAGGGUGGCCAUGGUGGGUGACGGGGUCAACGACUCACCUGCUCUGGCCAUGGCUGAUGUGGGAAUUGCCAUAGGAACAGGCACAGAUGUGGCCAUAGAGGCAGCAGAUGUGGUGUUGAUCAGGAAUGACCUUUUGGAUGUGGUGAGCAGUAUUGACUUGUCCAAGAAGACAGUCAAGAGGAUCAGGAUUAAUUUUGUCUUUGCCCUCAUCUACAACCUUGUUGGCAUUCCUAUAGCUGCGGGUGUGUUUCUUCCCGUUGGUCUGGUUCUACAGCCUUGGAUGGGCUCUGCUGCAAUGGCUCUAUCAUCAGUCUCUGUUGUUAUGUCCUCUCUUCUACUGAAAUGUUACACUAAGCCCAGUGCUGAGAAGCUGGAGGCCCAACUGGGCUACCACAGGAGGCAGGGUAGUUUGUCUGAUGUCAGCGUCCACAUUGGUAUGGGUGACCUACGACGGCCCUCCCCAAAACUCAGCCUGCUGGACCGCAUUGUUAACUACAGCCGCGCCUCUAUCAACUCCCUGCGCUCCGAUAAGAACUCCCUCAACAGCAUGGCACUCAGCGAGCCUGACAAACACUCACUGCUGGUGGGGGAGGCCCUGUGUGAGGAGGAAUUUGUCUGAGGCUAGGUUAUUGAGGGUAGCUUGGGGCAGCAGAGGCUUUUGUAUGCUGAAAAGGAUGUACGGAAUAUGGAAGUCAAUGCCAGGCUAACAUAAACUAAAAUGAUCACAUGGGUUUAAUGGCCUGCCCCUCCAUCAGCAGGUACCCCCAGGGCAGCACUGCUGAUUGGGUGAAAAGAAAAGCAUACAUGCUCCUUUUCUCUGACGCUCCUCCAACCAACUACAUGCACUUCAAAGGAUGCUGGGAAGAGGUCCACUCUCACUGAGUUUUAUGUUUAUGAAUAUCCACAGCGAACAGUCAAGUAAAAUAGAAACCUGGCUGACAUUCUUUGUCCUUGAAGAAUAUAACACAGGAGCGUUGAUGCAGGUGCCCACAUCCACAGCGACUGGCGCACAUCUGCCAAGACAAUCUCAAAACGUCCAUCCAAAGACAUUUUAACCCCCCCCCUUUCCCCUUUGUAAGAGUGGACGUGUCAGAGUAAACUUAAGAUGCACUUCUCUUUGGAGAAUUAUAACACUGCUGUAUAUUAUAAUUAUGUUACAGAGUAUUUAUAUCAGCCUUAUUUAUCACUGUUUUCAUUUUAUCAAUUGAGUAAAAUGAAGUAAUGUUUUACAGUGAAAAUGCCGUUACUGAUUGUCAGGAUUCCAAAAUGUGUAAUCGGCGAGAAAUGUAUAAACACCAAUUCAAAAAAAUCCUGAACUUUCAAUUGAACUCAUUCUCUACAGAUAAUGUGUGAUGAGUUGUAAAUGUUACCUAAGUGCCAAUCUUUAUGCCACAUUGGCAUAGUCCAAGUCCAACACAUUCCAAAGAUAGUGCAAUACCGAACAGGAGAAGCAGGUUACCUGGAACUGAAUGUGCACAGAGUGGAGAGAGUGAUGGCAUCAGUGACUGACAGAUGCUGAUAUUCACAUGUACAUGGUAAGACAGCAAGCCCAUAGGUUUCUCACAGUACUUUGAAAGCUUCAUCUAUAUAGUGUCACAGGCCUUUACUUCCAGCAACUCAGUUUGGAUCACUUAAUUAAUUUCUUUAUUAUCUUUGUGGGUUUAAAAAAAACCCAUUUUACAUCAAUUUUUCAUAUAAUCACAAUACAUUAUGUGAUCCAUCAAUGAAUGUGAACAUUAUUCACUGUGAAUAAAACAGUAGUUGUUACGUGUGAGGAAAAUGAAUGUGGUGACUUGUGUUUGGACAAUGCUUACUAUUUGCUUUUGGCUUUGUGGUUAAGUGUCUUAUGAGAAAGCCUAACUAUGAAUGCAUUCGUGUUUCUUUUCUGUUUGAAUUGGCAAAAUAUUGUUGCAUUUUCUGAGCAUGCUACUCGCUGUUCAUUUCUCCAUUUUUCACAACAGUUAACCUUGUUGCACUUGAAGGAAGAAAUGUCUUAAGCCAAGGAAAGCAAGAAAUUUGUACCAAGGUCAAUAUAUAAAGUAUACAGCUGUAUCCUUAUUCUGACAGUUACACCAAACAAUUAAGUGAAAGUCAAAACCUGUGUUAGCAUUAACGGGUUGUUUGUUCAUGUAAUGGUAUUUUGGAGUCAUUAAAAAAAAACUCAUUCU